AUAAAUUAGUGGGUGCUUUUAUGACUGCUGCUACUGUCUAGUCAGUUCUGUUGAAAUGUUGUGAGAGAGAUGUGUAGCGCUUUAGAUCUCAAGGGCAUCCAUCAGCUUAUCAGCAAAACUGUGAGUAGUCACUAUUUCAACCACAGCUUUGUUUGGACCGCUUGCUGUCCUCUGGCAUGCCUCUUCCUAUUCUUUUUUUCUUUCAGGUCUAUGUAUAAUCACUAAAAAGCAGUUUUUCAUUGAUUCCUUUGUAGUGACUGCUUUAUACUGAUCAGGGUCGUAACCUGGACAGUGCACUAAUUUAUCACAAGCUAUUUGCAUCUGGAUUAUCUCCAAACCGGGCAGUAUAGUGUUUUAUGGACAGGUGGAUUGAAAUUGAAUAAAACUGAACAUUAAUAGUCUAAUUUUCUGUAAUAUAAAGCAAAUAAAACACCAGAUUAAAAUGGCAUUAUACCAACAGUCAAACUGCAUCAUCACCUGGACAAUCUGUCUACAGUAUAUUAAGAGGGGGAUGAAUUCCAAUGUCUAUCAAAAAUUCCUAAGAAUGCUGUAAGGUCAUCUGUCCAUGGUUUAAAGCAGAGAUUGAAUAGGGUUAUGCAGCUGGACAAGGGUGCAAAAUGUAUUUAACUCGAGUUCUCUUUCUGUAAUAGAUUUUGUUUAAUGAUCUGAAAUCAUUCUGUGUAUUUCAGAAAGAGAUAGUUAUUUUUAAACAUAACUAUUUAGAACUCUUAAACAUAGGAUAAGGAUAGGAAGACGCUUAAGGCUUUACUUGCAUUCCAAAAGGAGUGAUAACCUUCUGCCAAACAGCUACCAUAAUCUCAAACAUUUAAGUGUCGGAGACUCAGGCAUGCGAUGUGCCUUAGUAACUGAGCCCAGUGUCACCUUGGAUGUGUCCUCUAGGAGUGAUCAGACAUCUGAAAAGAAUCUCAAGAAUAAAAAAUAUGUAGGUUAAAUUAAAAACAAAAUGAUCAAAUCUUAAUAAAAUCAAAUCUUACAUAAUAUGGGUACAUAAGCAUGUUAUAAGUUAUUGUUUGACUGCUUUGUUUAAUGAAAUAGUUAAACAUGUAGCUUUGGUGGUGGCUUGGUGGUGCAGUGAUCUAACAUGCUAGCACACCACUGUGGAGUGUUUGACCUCAGAAGAGCUGCCGCCCUGGCCGGGAAUCCACACAAACACAGUUGGCUGUGUUUAAGGGAGGGAAGAUCAGACAAGGUCCCUUACCAUUUCCUCUGCGAUAUGCGAUCAACUCAUUAGCAAUGGGUGGGAAUGUCUCAAUUAUUCAAUAACUAAGAGUGGUCUCCACAUACCUCUGGCCAAACAGUGUAUUUCACACUUAUGUACAAGCCCUAUUAACAAACCCAUUUAAAACGUGUAUGUUUAUUCAUACUGUUCCUACCAGACAUGCCACUUGUUGCCCUGCCAUUUAUUUUGGAGUUAAGGGGCUAAAUGCAGCACUGUUGUGUUGAUGUGACCGGAGACAGCUGGCCUUCCAAACACACAGUCACACUCCUACUGGUAUAAAUAUCAAUAGAUCACUGCCCGAGUCAGUGCAGGAAACAUUUUUACAGAAUGCUGGUGCUGGCUGCCAUGGUCACAGUUACUAAUCUGCAUCAGAGUAAAUAUACAAUCUGUAUUAAUGUCUACACUGGGUGUAAUUUGUAAAGUAUAGUUAGCAAUGAUAAUAAAUUAUAUACAAUAAAUAAAAUAAAUAAUUCAAAAUUGACAGUCCCUGGAGUCUAAGGUGUAACUACAGUUUCCAGGGGCCGUGAUCAUUCAGAAAGCUCCUGAAAGCCAGACACAUACAGGAACAACAAUUUCCAACUUCCUUGUACUCUAGCAUGUCUUGUCAUUUUUACAACACCCUCUUUAAUUGAUCGAGGAAGGUAGCACAAGCUUCCGCGAACAUGGGUGAAGUCAGCAGACUGCCUCUUUACUCCUGCUAGCUGUGGAUUCUAAUAGAGAGCUUUAACACAUACAAGUGAUUAUGCUAUACUGUAUGUCAUUGUUGCUGUCUUGACCAGGCAAUAAUAGUUGAUGUUGCAGCAGCAAAGAAGUGAUGCCCCAUCCAGCCCUUUUUUCUUUGAAUAUGACCAGUUGGGUCGAGUGCAUGACUCGGCUGGUGGCACCUAAAAAUCUUGUGUUUCUGGGUGGUCAGAGAGCACAUUAAUCUGUUGUGUAAUCCUCUUUAGUUAAAUAUUCAAACGAGUUAAAAGCUCAUAUUUUGUGGCUGUUAUGUUAGAAUAAUUUAAGCUAUGACAUCACAAUUUAUUGUAUGAAAUACUCUAAAAUCACAGUAUUAUCUGCACUGAACAGUAACAGUAUAUAACAGAAUAUAUAACGUUCUAUCCAGUUAAUGUCUCUUUAUACUUGUCAUUAAUCAUUUGAGCAGCUUGUUUGUUUACAUUUCCCCCAUUUCAGUGUGAACUUUCUCUGUGCGAGAUUGGUGUAGAUACUUGUUUCUUUAUGGAAAGCUUGAGGUUUAUUAGAUUAGGUCACAUUUGAAUCAAUAAUGCUAAUUGAUAAUGCUCAUGGGCAACACGGUGGCUCAGUGGGUAGCACUGUCGCCUUACAGCAAGAAGAUCCUGGGUUUGAUUCCCAGGUGGAAUGGUUUGGCUUGUUUUUAUUGCCCCAUGUCCACAUGGGUUUUCUCUGGGAACUCUGGUUUCCUCCCAUAGUCCAAAGACAUGCAGUCAGGUUGAGUGGAGAUACGAAACAUGCCCUGGAUGUGAAUGCAUGUGCUUGCCCUGUGAUGAUCUGUCCAGUGUGUUUCCUGUAUUUUAAUGAAUAAAUGAUAAUGCUCAUUUGCUCACUAAACAUCUGUCUAUAAACCUUAUACAAUCAAAACGCUAAAACGUGAUUGUCAUAAUCCUUUCAUGAGAAAUAUCACAGAAAUGUGGUUCUGCUUGAUGAAUUUAUUGGAAGUGUUUACUGUAUUCAUCUAGAAACUCUGAUCUCUGAUAUCAUCCUUGUUGUAGGAUGAUGAGAUGUUGUAUGGUAAAUAAAAGGGUCAAGGUUAGAAUAUUGUCUGUAGUAAGAAAUGAAGACCCCUCCCUCUUGUACUUGAUGUUCUCUCUCUCCUGCUGCAAAAUUAUCGGAUGAGAUGCUCGCCGCUCGCUUCCACCCAGCGCCUGACUGAUUCGACAGUACACAUCUUCCUUACUUCCAAAAACUGAAGAAGACUGGGAAUAGUGUAACAAGACGACAAUACUGGGAGAAGAAGCUGGGAAGAGGCUGCCGUGAUGGGCACACCUCUAAGGAGCAAAGCCCCGGCUUCCGAGAUGGAUGAAGCUCAACUUCACAAGGAAAGGCUCCAGGCCCUGGCGGAGAAGCGUAAAAGACAAACAGAGAUUGAAGAUAAAAGAAGACAGUUAGAUGAUCUUGUUCUGCAACUUCAACAUCUUAAGUCCAAAGCAAUGAGGGAGCGAUGGCUUUUACAAGGUUCUUCAGCAGGGUCUCAUGAGGAAGAUGAGGCACGCAGGAGACAAGUUGAGCAGGAUGAGAUACAUGCCAAGAAACUAGAGGACGCCGUUCAAAGACUAGAAUCCGAGAUCAAUCUGCUGGAGAAUGAAGAAUCACAAAUAUCGGCCAAAGAGCAAGUGCUCCGAGAGAGACUGCGUGAAACAGAGAGUUCUAUUGAAGAUCUGCAAAAAAGUUUGCAGAACCAAGACGGAGAUGCAGUGAUUCGCAUCCAUUCCCAGAUCCCUAAGCUCCCAGAGCUGUACUCCCAAACUCAGGCCAUGGCUUCAGGGGAACACCAGCAUUCAAGAAAACCUGCCUUAUAUGCCAUGGAGAUCAGCGUCGAAAAGGACCACAGGACAGGCGACACCAAGAUCUUAUCCACUUCGCGUGUCAGCCCAGAGGAGGCUCACCAACGAGGUGUCAAGGUCUACGACGAUGGUCGAAAGGUGAUUUACGAGGUGCAUUCUGGGAGUUCCACCACACUGGAGAAUGGUGUGCACCCAUGGAGCUCAGAUGAGGUCGAGGAACUAAUGCACCGUGUUGGCCAGGCACGUCAGCGACCAGAUGGUGCCCAUGUUACUGUCACACCAGCCCAGCCUGGUCUCAGGGAGCUGAGUAGUGUACCCACGGAGUGUAGUCUGCCAAAGAAUUUGACGCAAGAGUGCCAAAGUUAUGAGGCUGAGAUCAAGACGGCACAAGGACAACAAAGUCAUGGUGAUGAUAAGGCAGGUGGGCAACAGACCUACGAUGGUGAAGUGAUUGAGGUACCUGAGGCCACAGCGGACAAGCCCGUGACCAUGAUCUUCAUGGGCUAUCACAGUGUGGAUGAUGAGGAGACCAAGAACCUGCUUGGUUUCGAUGGCACCAUCAAAGCCGAGAUCGUCCUGAUAGAUGAGGAUGAUGAGAAGUCCCUCAGAGAGAAGACCGUCACAGAUAUCUCCACUGUGGAUGGCAAUGCCGCAGAUCUCGUCUCAGGACGGCCUGCAUCCGAGGCCACCGAACUUUCCUCUGAAGGCAAAGAUGAAAGUUCCUCCAAGGAGCCGCCACCAGUUCUGCCCACAGUUGGUGAGAAAGCUCGCUGUGUAUUGCUGACUGCAAAAACUGGUCUUUUCCCAGAUGCAGCUAGACCAUCACAUAGUCGAUCGAAAUCAUCCCAGCUUAUAGAAGAUGAGGCUGAACUCAAAAGUGAGAAAAGUCUGAGGAGUGUCAGUUUCUUAGAGCCAGUCAGUGUAAUACCUGGAGGCCAGAUCAACAUGGAGCUUGAGGCACAAAGUGAGAGCUAUAUUAACCAUGCUACAAUUGGUCAGAAUGGCAUGAGGCACAGAGGAGAGGUGCUAGACACUGAAGUUGCCCAGGAAAUCCGUUAUCUUGAUGAGGUCCUUGAGGCCAACUGCUGUGACCCUGGAACUGAAAUGACUUCAAAUGGAACCAUGUACCAGGCAAUAUGUGUUGAUGGAAAUGGGCCAUCUGUUCAUGUUUCUGAUGCAUCCUCAUCACUUAGUUAUGAAGUACUUAUUGAGGGGAAAAAACAGUCCACUUAUGUUGAGGACAGCAGUAACAAACCAAACGGUCACACAGAACUAAUGGGGGGCAACUAUAAUAGUUCACCUGAUAAAGAAACAACACUAUUUAAGAAAGAAGCCCGUUUUGAGCUGCGAUCUUUCUGUGAAGAGAAAAAGCCUUCAAAACUUUUUGACACACCAACAGAGAAAGAAAUAAGGGUGAAGAAGGUCAGACCUUCAGAGGAGGUUGCAGAGCUGGAGAAGGAACGCUUAGAGCUUAUUCGAGAGCAAGCGGUCAAAAAAAAUCCAGGGAUUGCAGCAAAAUGGUGGAAUCCACCACAGGAAAAGAGUCUUGAAGAGGAGCUGGAACCAGAACAAUUAGAGUCCCUCAGAAGAUAUGAAGAGAGGAAGCAGAAGAGACCUGAAGUGAACCGAGCGCCACAAACUUCCACCAAACACACUGUUUCCUUUAUUCAACCUGAAGUAGGAAAUAAGGAAGACAUAGUUGUUCAGGGCAUUGAUUUCUCUGCAGCACGCCAACAAUUUCUCCAGAUGGAGCACAAUAAGCAACAGCAAACCACAAGAAGAAGUGUGGCUCCCCAGAUCUACUCUGCCAAACCUUUCUCCAGAACCUCAACAGAUUUUGACUGGUCAAGUAGCUCAUUUACAAUAACCAGCCAUGCUGGAGUCACCAUGGAAGAUGAAAUAAACCCUUUUAAAGUUGAAAAAGUUUUCUGCAGCUCUGGAGUUUACCCCAUCCAAAACACGGACAAUAUAACUGACCCAGAACUGAAAAACGAUGAAUUCACAUGUGCCCGAGCAGUGAUGACUAUCCUCAAGGAUGAAGAUUCUGAUUUGCACCAGCAAUCCUUGAACAGUUCCUAUCAUCCAGAGGAAAUAGACUCUGGGCUAGAUGACCUGUCUCUUAGAUCACAGGAUACAGCUGUUCUUGAGACCUUGUCCAAUGAUUUUAGCAUGGAUAACAUAAGUGACAGUGGUGCCUCCAAUGAGACCAUGAGCGCCUUGCUGGAGAACUCCCUUGGAGAAUAUUCCUUUCCCUCUACACCAAUGGCCACAACACCUAUCAAUGGAAAACUUGAGAGCUGCACCAAAUCACCAGACAGCUUUACAGAGGAUGAACUGGAAUAUCAUGCUGGCAUCCUGGUCCAAAAUGCAAUCCAACAUGCCAUUGCACAUCAGAACAACCAGUGGGAACCUCUACAGGCCAUGCAGCAGUCCUCACCAAUCCCUGAAAGGCACUUGGAGAUUUCAGAAUCCUCACCAGCAGUGCAGGAAGACAAAUUGUUUUUUGUGCCAACACCUAAGGAACCAUCUCCUGUGCAAGAAAAGAAAACUCCUAAAAUUACCAUAGAGGUGCCCUCAAUUCAGGAGACUUCAUCUAGUCGAGUGAAUAAUUACAAGCCUCCAAGUCGUUCUCCCCCACCGAGUGAGAAACCAGAGUAUAGCUAUUUCAGUAAAUAUUCUGAGGCAGCAGAGCUCCGAAGUACAGCAUCUGUGGCCCGUGGACAGGAUGUAGAGGUCACAUCAGGGCCUUUCAAACUGCGCUCACGCAAGCAGAGGACUCUGUCCAUGAUUGAGGAAGAAAUUCGGGCUGCCCAGGAACGAGAAGAAGAGCUUCGAAGAAAUCGACAGACCCAGAGCUUGCGCCCCAGCAUCAACCCUGUUCACAAGCAGAAGACCAAUAGCCUUCCACCUAAAUUGGUUCUUACUGGAAAGACAGCUCCUGGUAAAAUUGAAAAGAUUCGUCCUGCUCCUCCUGUAUCUCCAGCUUCUUCAGACGGUCCACUCCCUCCCUCACCUCUCUCUGAUAUGGGGAGUGAUGACUCAGGUGGGAGCCAGAGGCAGAAAAAUUUUAUGCAGACCCUGAUGGACGAUUAUGAGACACACAAAGUCAAGCGUCGGGAGAAAGCAGAAGACAACAGUGUUCUUGAGGCGACGCGUGUCACCCGCAGGAAAAGCAACAUGGCUCUACGAUGGGAGGCGGGAAUCUACGCCAACCAGGGAGAAGGUGAGGAGGAAGAGGAGGAAGAGGAGGAGGAGGAGGAGUAAAUGUAGCUCCUUUAGCUCCCUGCUGAAAAUAAUCACAAGAAAAGUGAAGAAGGAAAGACAAUGGAUUUAUGAGGUGCAAUGAGACCACAAGUAUUUAUACUUCAUAUUUUAAGAAGAAACAAAUCUCUGGGUGCUAAAUAGAUCAGCUGACCUUUCUAAGUGGCACCAGAGAUCAUCAGUCAUGCUGUGGGAUGUAAGAAAAGUGUUCUUAGAACUUCGAUGCGAUGACAAUUUGAUGUUGGACACAGACAUUAUCUUUUUCAUUCUUUAGCUUCACACUUUUUCCUGGUCGAUAGGUCAAGUUUGUUGGGGCACGUGCAACGACAAAGUGUGUAUUGAUUUGUAGAUUGCUUUUCAUUUAUAGGGUUGGAUAUUGAUUUCACAAAUGGACUUUAAACUCUCACUGGCAAGUGAUACAUGUAGUGAUUAUACAGAAGGUGUGGAAUUUAAGGUGGUUUAAGACUGAUUAUAGUGAAGUAGGAUACAGUGUCUCUGUAUAGCAAGCACUUGAUUUAGAAAGCAGGACUUUGUGUAGUGAUGAAUUUCCAGUCCUUACUGGGCUUUUUAGUAUUUGACUUGGGUCCAGACUGCUACAAAUUCACUUUUUGUUCAUUAUAAUAUAUUAGCACAACAUUUUGCAUAAUAUGAAUUUUUUUAACUAACAGGGAUAUAAAUGAAGUCUACUCUUUGUGUGUAUAUCUUAAUUAGACUCCAUAUAUACUGAUAGAUUGGCUUUUAAAAAAGUUUUAAAUUAAAAUACCACACUAAGAACAUAUUUAAAUGACAGAUGGUGAAAAUAGGUAAGGAACGAUUGGCUUGAACAGAUGUUAAAAGUGCUUGUUAGUUUGUAUGGAACAGCAGUACAAAAUUAUUGUCAAGGUUUAUAAAUGCACAAUAGUAUUCAGCUGUUCUCAUAUUAAAGUAAUACAUAGAGAUUGUUUAUUGACAACAGAGAGAAAAUAAGAGGAAGUGCUACACCACCACAAGCUAAACCACAUUCAAAAUGCAUAAGCUGUGUCAGUAUGUGAUCAUUAUCAGUACAUUAUUAUUUUACACAUUUAUAUGCAUUGUGUAAUAGGGGAAUACUAUCAAUUAGACCAUUAGCUGUAAUUUAACAUAUGCUGGACUGCCUAGUAAGUUAUUGUAGGCAGGGUUGCCAGCUCUAUAGUGUUGCUUAUCCUAACACCACACAAACACAAACAAAAAGUCAUAUUCACAGAGCUGAAUUAACAAUUUAAGUUGAAUAUACAUGACUGAAGGCAGUAAUGUACAUGUAGACUUCCCAGAUGGAACCUGUAGGUUGCAGGUAGGUCAUUCUAAAGCAGUUUAAUAAACUGGUAGAAAUUCUAAAUUUUAAAGCAUAUUUUAAAACAGCACUGCAAAAGAAUUAUCAAAGUUAGUAAUGGUUGUGGGGAUUACAUGUAGUACUACAUAGAUAAAGACAUUGUUUUCUGACAAAAGAGAGAAAAUAAGAGAAAAGUGCAGCAGGGCUACUUCACUGCAAAGAGGUGGAAUGGCCAUUUUGAUAACAGGUGAACAGUGGCUUAACUUUACUGUAUUAACCUAAACAAGCUUCUGAUAAGUAGAUCAAAUCUACUCAAUGUUAUUUGAGCAUGUGCUUCAGUGUUAAGGAUAAGACCCGAGGCUAUUUUCACUGCUCACUUUCAUUUCAGCAGUGCCAAAUACUAAGAAAUUCUUAAAUGCAUGUUUUUUAGAUUCAACAUUUUACUUGGAUUUUACUUUUUUUUUAGCUCUAUAGUACUUUAGUACUACCCUUCAUAUGAGUGGUUUUCAUAGGAAUGACUUAACAAUUUAAGUUGCAUAGAUAUUAUGAAAGAUAAACCAAGAAAGCCCUGCAAUUGAUUUGAGCAGCAGCUUUGCUCCAGCUUUACCUAAGACAACAGUAACAGUAAGGAAAUACAGUAGAAUGCCAGUCUGGCAACACUGGCUACCAUAUGCAGUGCACAACACUGUUUAGUUUGUGUAAAUAAGCAGGUCAACCAAUUGUAAGGGAAACAUUUGUGCAGAUUCUAAGAAGGUUCCACUAACUGAAAUAGACUUAUUAUACCUAAGCACUUGGCAGGUUAGCUAGUUCACCAAUAGUGUGGAUUUGUGUGUUAGUGAUUUAUACACACAUUUAUUUCUUUUUGUGCUGUGAAUUGAUAUCAUUUGGCUGAUUUCAUUAGAGAGGCUUUGUUGAUUAUUAUAUUCAUAUUACCAUGAGCAGUGUAAUAACUUUAGAAACACCAGCAAUCUAAAGACAUUAUAAAAUCCUGAUGUGACGUUUGCAACUGAGAGUGGACACGUCUUUCAUAUGUUACCAAGGAUUCAUCAUGGACGACUGAGCAGUAUCAACUUCAAAUGGUGUUUUACAAAUAUUCAUCUGAAACUGGGUUGUCAUGAAUUCUACACACUAUUAAAGUAUGGAUUUUGUUUAGAAAUUAAUGCAGUAUAUCUGAAGAACCCAGAGUUCAGAAAUAAUCUUUUUAUAUGCAUAUGGUAUUAUACAUCAAAGUGUUUUAUGGACUGCUGUCUCUGCUUAAGGCUGUUGUAGUUUUUAAAAAUAGAAAAUACUGAACUGUGCAAAAGGACUUUAUUCUUCAAGGCUGUGCCCACUGAUAUAAAAGGACAUGAUCUGAAGCAGUGACAUUGUUGAUUAAAAGUUUUGAGGUUUUUAAAAGUGUUUUAUGUGAUAUAUCUUGGGGUCUGGUGAGAUUCCAUUAUUCACAUGUUUUACUCAAAUAAUAUUUUUUUUGUUUACUCUUGAGAGAAUUACAAAGCAACCUUUGACAGUACUAGUACUAUAAUAUAACAUGAAUAUUUAUUGGCUUGCUGCUUGCAACCAUAAUAUUAAUCAACAACUGAUGAUUACAUUUUUGUACACAAGUUGAUUGCAAUUUCUGCCAGGAUCUCCAAAUUCUUUAAUGCUGUUGCCUCACUGCAGCUUUGAAGACAAAAGCUUUAAAGACAGCUUUAAAGUUUUUUAAAUUCCUAUAACUGUUCACGUAGAACCACAAUUUACAUCAUUUUUUACAUUUAAUCCAACAGUAUCCAAGUCAGUAUGGAUUAGGCAGAAAAUAAACGAUUCUGCCUAACUGACAAUAAUCCUGUAAUGUUCAAAUAAGACAGUGGAAUGCAACAAUUUCAUCAUGGUAGUCACCACAAGACAUGAAUCCUGUCCGAAUAUGGUUAAAUAAUCUUUUUAGGGGUGUAUUUAAUAGAUUAAUAAUUGGAGUACAUCAUUCUGGAUUGUGUGUUCUAUUAGAGUUUGAAUUGAAGAAUGAAGACAUUAUUUGUAUUUCUAUUCGACUUUUUGAUGUGCUAUGACUUGCUUAGCAGACAGAUAUUUUGAAUAAUAUAAGAGGGAAAUAUUUUUUAUUUGUGCAGUGGAUUACUAUGAACAGAACAUAGUUUUAUGAAGGCUGGGAUUUGAAUACCGUAUAUGUGCAUUUAUGCAAGUUAUAGCCUGUUUGUGUGUGUGCGCAUGUGUGUGCUUGUAAGUAAGUAAGCAUUUUUAGACUUUUGGGAGUAUAUGCAAAGGUCGAGCACAUCGUAAACAGCCUUGUUGCAUUUUUCUGUUCACUGCAUUUUUGUGACCAGAGAUAAGGUGUAGCAACUUGUGUAUUAGUAAUUGCCAUAAAUAUUUUAAAGUCGUUUCGAGCAAGCAGUGCUGCUUUAAAAACAGUAAAAAAAAAAUUCACAAUAUUGUUUUUUAAGGCUUUAGGUAAAUUGUCUGGCUAGCAAAGUUUUAUUUGAUUUUCCAAAGACGUUCGUUUUUGCAAAGUCUGCAAAAAAGAGCCUUUUGUUUUGAAUUGAGGCUCAUUUAUAUUUUUAAAAUGCAAUGCAAUAGAACAAUGGAGCAAUGUGUCAGAGGUAACCAUAAAGAUCAGAUGAAAUUAGCAAGGAAUCUUGAGUUAAUGCUUGUUUUGAUUAUUUUCUUCACAGUGUAACUAUUUAGCAUGGAGUGUUUGCUCUUCCUGUGCAUGAUAUCACUACUACAAGAUAAACAAUGUUUCAAUGAUUUACCAGUGUAGCUAAACACAUUGUAAAACUGGGGGAAAUUAAACUUGCUCUUCAAUCCACUGAUACAAGUAGUGCAAACAGUCCUGCUUAAACUAAAAUUUAUAGUGUUCUGUAUGCUUUAUUUAAAAUAGAUUUCAUGCAUCAUUGCUCUAUUUGCAAAUAUGUUCUCCAAAGUAAUGUUCUACAUAAUUAUCUUUGAGAUUAAUUAUCAUUUUUCUUUUCAAGUGAUAUGAAGUGGAUGCUGUGCUCAUUAUCUUGCUUACCUUUUGUUAAUAUGUUAACCACUUAUUGUAUGUUAAUAUAUUCUGCUUAUAUUGUUUGUUUUUUAUUAUAUGGCUCACACCUAAACACAUAUAUAAUUAUUUUCUCAUUAAAAACAAAAUGCAUUA